UCGUGUCCCUCUUCGCAAACGAUCGGUGACCAAGCUGGCAGUCGGACACGUACCACUUUCGAUCCGGAACGGGCUCUGAAGAAGAGCAGCAGGAACAAGCAGAAGCCAGCACCAGAGAAAAAAGAAGUUUGAGGAAAAGUUAUCCCUAGUUUUUUCCUAGUUUGAGUGGAAAAUUUGUCCAGCAAUCGAACGAAAACGUAAGAAUUCGUGCGGCCAUCUCAAUAGGAUUACCAUAGAGGCAACGAGACGGGACACGAGCGGAGCAGGCAGGAGAGGCAGCUAGCGAAAAUUUUCUAAACGAGAAAGGAUUUCGGAUUCCCACACAUCGGCCGUCGUCGUUACCCACACAGAGAAACACACACAAAAUAUUAGACACAACUUUUUGGUUUCGUAAAACUAUUUAGAACUAACGAAAGAUGAGCGCUGAACCACCAGCAGCAGAGUCAGCUCCAGACGGACUCGCACCGGGCGCAGCGGGCGGUGAACCUGGAGCGGAUGGAAUUGUCGGAGGACCACGAACCCCCCAGCAGAUUGCGGCACAGAAGCGACUGCAGCAGACGCAGGCACAGGUAGAUGAGGUUGUGGACAUCAUGAAAACGAACGUGGAAAAGGUGCUGGAGCGAGAUCAGAAACUGUCGGAACUAGACGACCGAGCCGAUGCCCUGCAACAGGGAGCCUCACAGUUUGAACAGCAAGCCGGCAAACUGAAGAGGAAAUUCUGGCUGCAAAACCUAAAAAUGAUGAUAAUAAUGGGUGUUAUUGGCCUUGUUAUACUUGCAAUCAUCGUAGCGAAAUUUAUGCCAGCUGAACAACCACAACAGCCGAUGAUGAUGGCCCCGCAAAUCCCGAUGCAGCAGAUGCCAAUGCAGGUACAGGGUGGCCAGCAAGCCCCGGCUGCACCGGCGGCACUCGUACAGGACAUCUCGUCGCUAGUUUCCAAUCAGCAUCAGUUUAAAAAUUAAAGUCAGUAAAAUCAUAAGAAACAUACUAACUUAAAGGUUAUUCGGCGGUAAAAUGCAAGCAAGUAACAGAAGACAAAACACACAGAACAACAAGAACACUCACAUAAAAUGAUACAAUUUGAAGAAUUAUUAAAGUAUAUAGUGACGACAAACAAAAAACUCUUCACAUAUGAUCUAUUAUACAUAUUUAUCGAACAAGAGAAAACAAAAAGUAACAAAUGGGAAGGUAAUUUGUUUUCUAUCCUUAAUCAUUGAUCAAAUAAAUUUAUGUAUCUUGUUGAAUAUUUGUUUAAAUUUGUCUGGUGACAAUGCGAUAAAUUCUAAGUUAUUAAGCGUUGCUCCCAAAGUUUUUCCGCAAGUUUGUUCCAAUUGCAGGAAGUGCAAAAUGUUCUGUCAACAUACUCAACAAGAAAAAUCCCAGAGUUACAAACACGUAUCAGUAAGGAAAUAAAUUAAUAGAAAGCAAGAACAUACAGCACACAGAACUAAUCACUUAAUUAUUUCAAGAGCUCCACAUUUUGCAUGUCCCAAGAGUCGCAAAACACCAAAAAAAAAAGAAAACAAGUGAAGAAAUAUCGAAAGAAAACCUUACAUUAUACAUCAUUAAGCGAAAUAGAAAGUUCUUACACUGAGCCAAAAGUGUAUGAUAAAACUAUUUAACUUUCAAGGUUUUUGUUGAAAAACAACACAAAUUGAAAACAAAAAAAGAGAUGAGUUCCAACGAGAUAAGUAACAGCAUAUUCCAGACCACUCGCACUGUUUGGUUUGCUAAACGAGAAUUUAAGGUUAGAUCAAAAAAUUGUUAUAAAUUUGAACUUUAGGGAAACACAAAUUUACUAUAGGACACAUCUACAAAAUAGUGGAAGCAAGGAUACUACUAAAACCGAUAUAAUCAUUAGCGAAGUACUACGAUUUUCGUCAAUGUUUCUUUCACCCUUCGGUUCAAACUUCUUCCAACCGUGCAUGCGCCGGAUGGUUAUUGCGUUUGUUUCACACUGAGACAAGAAAAAAGCUUUGGCUUAUUUAUCACGUGUCACAGAAAUGUAGUUGGAAUACCUUGUGGAUGAUUUCCAACCUUCAUUCCACUGCGUACACAAAAACAUCUCACAUAGAGAAAGAAGGUUUUUUUCCCUGUCGAUUAGCGCGACCUUUAGUACAACUCCAUGCAAAACGUAGACAUUUAUUGAUAACGACAUGAUAAUCAACAGAUUUUUCUUCGACAACAUCUCUCUGUGUCCACUUACUAAAACCAGAAUAAGAAAAGAGUUUUAAGAGAAGCUAGUUGUCUCUUCUAUUAAAGUGUCUCUAAUAAAAUCAAAACUAUUAAAAGUAACGAACAACACAACUCGCCACUGUUUCAUCUUUUCGACAAACUCGCCACCCACAAUCAGUCAUCCAUCAUCCAGUGAUGUGAUAACCAUUCUUUAUGAUUUAGCUCACCUACUGACCUACAUAGAGAUGUGGAGACAACGGGAGAUGAGUCACGAUCAAGAAUAACGUGAAAAAAAUCAUUUCAUAAUGCAUUCUUUGCUUUAUUACCGAUUUUGUCCGAAACAACUACUUUCGUGUAAUGACGAAUCAAUGAUCCUUGAAAGGUGAAAGUAAAUGUAGGACAAAAUUGAAAAGAAAACAACUCAACGAUGAAACAUAGUGAAACCAUAGUGAAAAGAAUCAAUACAAAACUAUAAAACAAACGGCAUAAACAGACAAAGAAGAAAACAAAACAAAUUAGACAACCAUGCUGCAACAGAAAAAAAAUUAAACACUUACAUACAUAAAAACACAGAUUCACAUGUUCACCAUUUAGAAAACUAAACAUACAAAAAAAAUUAUUGAAACAAACAAUGUGUUAUGUAAUAAAACUUUGAAUUGAAUAGUUGGAAUAUUUCUCUGGAACUACAAAAAACAAUUUUUCUUUUCCAUUUUACCUUGUUUCAUUCGAUAUCUUUCAACAAACAAAAAAUGAACAUAUAUAUACUGAGAAACAAAUAAUAAACAGAGAAAAUGGGAAGAACAUAUAAAAAUUACACAUAUAGCUUUGAAAAUUGUAAAAAACCAAACUAUAAAUUGUUAUCUAUACUUUUGCGACCCCCCAGUGAGCAAGAAAGAAAUUCCAUGCGAAACAGGAGAGCAAAAUGCGACACUACUGAUAACUAGCGAAACCAAAACGAAAAGGGAUUACAAAAUGUAUGUGCGCGCACGAAGCGGAGACAAGAAAAAAAUAAAUUAAUAAAUAAACACACAACGGGGAGAAAACAAAAAUGUGGAAUUAUUAGCAUGGAGGUAAAAUUAUUCUGUUCUAUAUAAUCUCGAAUCAUGCGAAUACAAGAAAUGCGAUCCGCUGAGAAAGUGUGGAAGUAGAAGGCACGAAGAGAAGAAAAGUAUAAAUAAUAAUGGAUAAACGAUAUAUAAUUAAUGAUUAAAUAAAGACAAUUAACUAGUGUAUGUAAAUA